AAGCUACGGUCAACACAUCAUAUAACAAGUAUCGCUUUCAUCACAUCCAUGCACUUCCUUCUUUAUCUUUCUUGAUAACAUCAAAGCUAUGGUCGGUUGUAAUCUUCUUGUCUCUCUUGAAUCCAAAGCUAUAAAAGACGAGGGGGGCUCACCGACUUUCUAAGCAUGGGUUACGAUCUCGUCGAAGCCGAGUUCCCUCAAUAUAGCACUUCCAACCUGACUUGGGUCAUUUUUGACGCGUUCGCUGAAGAACGGAUUGAUGAUGCACACCGGUGCCGGAAGAUCACAGAGGCACUCGCUGCCAAUCCGGAAGCCUCGUUGAAAGAAGCUCCUUGGUUAGUCCGGAUCAACAUGCUCGCAAGUGAGGUAGAGAAUGGCGUGGAGAAGGUCCGGGAUGGCUUGAGAUGUCUUUCGAGGACGAGACCGAGCUCGACGUGGUCAGGAACUUGGUUAACGCCCUCACCCUCAUUGGCAAAGAACUUAGAUGAGCGGAUGCAAUACUGGUAUGUGUUCGAAUCCCCGGGAUCCGAUUUGUUUGGUACGACGGUUUUUCUCCUGUCGGAUGAAGGAAAGCAAGCGCAUAUUGAACGUAAGUUCGUUGCCGCGAUGAUGCAAACGCCGAUGAAUACUUCAUCAGAUAUAGUCAAGGCGCAGGUGCUGGCAGCAAAGAUCGCGGAAAGCACCGAAACUGUGCCGUUCUUAUACAAACUGUCAAUUCAUGAGUUGUCUAACGAAUCUGUAAUCCUGGAACCUGUCGUGCAAUUCAUCUGUGGCCGCGCAGAACCCUACAAUAACAGAAGUCUGAUGCAAAACUUCACGGCCCACCAUCUUACGUUCCCCGCAUUCCAUUGAAAAUUUACUAGUGCAAAAGUAUACAAUCCAAUCUUUUACUAUCACCCUGCAGAUUGUAUUAAUCACGUCUGGA